AUGAGUAGUGAUACAGGAAGUGAAAGUGAAAAUGAACAGACAAAAGAAUUGGAGAAGAAGGUUACUUCUUCAUCAGAAUCCAGUUACGAUGAAGUUGAACAAGAUAAAGAAGCGGAAGAAAAAGAGGAAUUUAAAGAACAAAAGAGACCGUCAUUAUUGGGUUUAGUUAAAUCUGUAAGAGCCAAAAUGACGACUCCACCGCAACAACCCCGCAGAAAACGAUUUAUACCGAAAUAUGAAGUCGAAGGAGUCUAUAAGGUGGUGUUAGGCGAAGAAACCCAAAUCCAAGUGGAAAUUGUUAUCGGGACUCAUGUGAGUUCCCAGUACCCAUGGAAAUUCGUCAGUAAAGCUAAAAUAAUGGAAACUAUUGAAAUAGGCGGGGAACUAUCAGAGUUUUUCUUUAUAAAAGAUCAAAUCGAAGAAUAUCCAGAAGAAGAGUUGCUUUUAGGAUACAUUGCCGAUGAGUCUAAAGACGUUGACGAAUUUUAUGUUUGCUGCACCUUAGAAGCUAGAGAUCAUUGCAAGCAACAGUCUGAUAGAUUCAUAAGGCGUCAAGAGAAGAAGUUAGAAAAAGCAGUGCAAAAGAAACCUCGGCCAUGGAAAAGUUUGGGAAGUGAAAAAGAAAUAUUGGAGCUUUUACCUGUCAAUACAAGACCUUUGAUGGAAAUGGAGGUAAAGGCAAAAUAUCCCCGAGCAACACAUCCGUUCUCAUUUAAAGUAAGAGAUACAAAUUCCUGUCGAGAUGGCUAUAUUGAACUGACACCUUAUAGACAAAAGUUUUAUAACGUAUUCAGAUGUCGUGUAGAUUGCAGUGUACAAGUUGCACCAGCUUUGGCAUCUAGACCAGCUCAAACAGAACUUAGAUACCCACAAAAUAUGUGGACCCAAUCAAUUGCUGACGCUUUAGGGAAAGUAGAAGAUACUGAAGCUGGUGGUGAUACAGGUCAAGGUGGUGGGGGCGACGGAGAUGGAGAAUUUGGUGAUGAAAAAGCAGAAGGAAAGAGCUCUGAUGAAGACGAAGAUGAAGUAGUGAAGGAACCUCCAGACGAAGUGGGACUAAGAGCUUAUAAAGCUGCCCUACAACGUAUGAGGCGACCAUCAUAUAUAAAAAUGAUCAAUGGUUUUAUGUCUUCUAUAAGUAAUGAAGUUAAUUCGAUUGUAGAAUUGAAUACAGUCAUGGAUAUAUACUGUAAUGAUUAUCCUAAUCUAGUUGCAGUUAAAACUACUGAUACUUAUGAUUCUAUGACAUUUGAAGAAUACGUAUGCUUUACCGAUGUGCGAGCUAAAGACAAAUAUGUUUCAUCUGCAGUUUUCCAUCCAAUGUGGUCAGGGAUUGUAGCUAUUUCCUACGCUGAUGGGUCACCAACUGUCAUGAAAACAUUAAGCACUCGUCCUGAUCCAAUCCAGAGAGCAGUAUAUGGACUAAAUCCAGUGAUGAUAUGGAGUCACAUUGACAGUCUAAUACCGAAACUUUAUUUAGAAUCACCUCGCGAAGUAAAAGUUCUUUCAUUUUGCCCUUUUAAUGAAAACAUAUUGGUAGCUGGCUGUAUUAAUGGUCAAAUUGUCGUAUGGGAUCUUACCAAUAAAUUAGAGAAUGUCGAAAAGAUCGAAGUAUUGAGCGAAAAGCGUGAAAAAUAUCGCAUUGCCAUGAAUGCGCAUAUGGAAUGGAUGAAGUCAGUUCAAGAUAAUGCUGUUGUGCAAGCUACCGUAUUAAGUAAUUUAAUAACCAGCCAUUACGGCGCUGUUACGGCCAUAGAGUGGCUGUCACCAAAUUUCGCUAUAAGUCCUACGGGAAAAUUGACAAUGGCACCAAACAAAAAGAAAUCAACCAUGCUCUUUACAGGUUCUGAAGACGGUACAAUCUUAGUGUGGAAUUUGUCUGUUGAAAACAUUACCCUAUUCGAAGGGAAAAAGGUUAAAAAAUCUAAAAGAGUGUUAAAGAGACCAUCGGGACUAUUGGUCGAUAUUUCACCAUUGAAAAUAUUAGAUCGUAUUUUGCAACCUUGUUACAAAAUAUUGCUAGCUGUGGCCGGGCAGCCACAAAUUUUAAACUUGCAAACUUUUGGUAUGGAUUAUCCUCCAGUAAAAUAUAAUUAUGUGCCAAAAAAUACAGGUACUGGAAGAAAAUAUUUUACAUGUGAAAUCAUCCCUCAAACUGAGGACGACAUGAACCAUAAUAUAUACUGUGGCUCGCAACAUGGUGAGAUGAGAAAAGUGGAAUACGAGGGUCAUGAAUUUAAUACUGGCGAACUUGUCAAUUCUGAAUAUGUUAAUAUUAAGUAUAGCUGUUACAUACACGAUGGUAUAAUAUCAUGCACCAAACGAAAUCCUUUCAUUAAUCAAUUGACACUUACCGUAGGAGGAAAAAUUUUCGCUAUUUGGUCAGAAAAACUGGACAAUCGGCCACUUGUAUGGAAACAACGUCCAUAUUGUUUGACAGACGCAGCUUGGUCCUUAUACAAACCUAGUGUAAUAUUUAUUGCUACGUCCGAAGGUAGUCUUGAAACCUGGGAUCUGUUGCUAAGGAGUGAUAAACCUAUAUCUGUACAAACACUAUCAGGGACAAUGCUAACCGGUGUAAGUCUUCAUACCUUACCACUAGAAAAAAAUUUGAUCGGUGUAAGUGACGCCAACGGAUCAUUCAAAAUGUUUUUAGAUCCACCCAUAUUUAUGCUUGAAAAUCCAAUGUAUUGCGCGCGAAUGGAAAGUAUGAUUAAUAGAGAGUUAAAAGUGAUGUUGACAUUUAUAAAAUGGCAAGACGAAUGGAUGAAAAAUAAUCCACAGAUUUUGAUUGAAAUGAAAAGGAAAGAAGGUUUAUUACUUGCUGAAAAGGAAGAACAAAAACGCAGAGACCGAGAAGAGGAAGAGCAAAGAUUAGAAGAAGAAGCAGAAAAGAGGAGGCUAGAGAGAAUGAAAGUUAUCGGGCCCGAGGAGAAAUGGCAAAUGAUUAUACAAAAACUAAUAGAAAGAACAAUUGCUGUCAAGAAGAGAAUAAAUAGAGCAGAAUUGAUCGAACACGAGAAACCGCUAAGAGAGUUAGAGGCCCAAAGACUAGAGAAAGAAAGAAGAAUGCUUGAUAUUAUGAAAAAUCAGAAAACGAUUUUCAACGAUACUGUUGCGAUUCUCUUUCCUGAAGCUAUUAAAAAGAAGGCUAAAGUUAAAAAGAGUCUUUUAUCGGAUAAUAAGGAAGUUUUAAAAAAUGAAUAUAUGGAGGACUAUGCGUAUUUGAAAAAGACUGCGCAUGGUACUGUUAAAGAGAAUCCUUAUAAGGUGCCUUUCUCUUGGGAUGCUACAUUAGCUGAAGGCAAAGACAGACGGAAUGCAUUGACAGCUUAUGUUGAUUUUAUAAACAUGCACAGAAUGAGAAUAGAAGAGACGAGCCGAGAGACGUCGGCAGUUAAAGUUGCGUCUAAGAAAAAACUGAAGCUGGAUUCGAAGUCUGAACCUUUAGUAGAGAUGGGGUCGCUGUCAACGAUAUCAUAA